UUUGCUCCUCACAAAUCUAAACACAACACAACACAAACAAUGUGUUCCUCCAAAUCAAAGCCUCGCUCAGACAUGACCCAAGACACCAUUGCCCAGAUCAACGGCCGUCCUGUCCUCCAACCGAAAUCGAACCAAGUCCCGACCUUGGACCGACGCAACUCCCUUAAGAAAUCCCCCCAACCAAAACUAACUACGAGACCCACAAGGCCUGUUUCUCUCAUUUCGCCCCCUAUCUCCCCAAAACCGAAAUCCCCGAGGCAACCAGUGGUUAAGACAGGCAAAGAUGUGGUUUCUUGCAAGGAUUUGAGCUCGAGCUCUGACAAGGUUAAUGUCAGACUCGUGCCGAAGCCUAAACCAGUUGCGAAGACGUUGAAGAUGCCCACCGCUGAUCUGUUGAUUGUUCAGAAGCCCGGAAGUAUAGCGGCUGCAAGAAGAGAAGAGGUCGCCAUGAAACAAGAAGAGAGAAAGAAGAAAAUCGCGCAUUACGGGAGAGCAAAAUCGAAUAAGAAGAAGAGCAUCGAGGUCGUCGAUAAUCAGGAUGCCAUUGAACAGGAGAAGAAGAGAUGCAGUUUCAUCACUCCCAAUUCAGACCCCAUAUACGUUGCCUACCAUGACGAAGAAUGGGGAGUCCCUACUCAUGAUGACAAUCUACUGUUCGAACUGCUGGUGUUAACCGGAGCUCAAGUUGGAUCCGAUUGGACUUCGGUAUUGAAGAAAAGAAACACUUUUAGGGAGGCAUUCUCAGGUUUUGAUGCAGAACUGGUCGCAGAGUUCAACGACAAGAAGAUACGAUCAAUCACCACUGACUAUGGCAUUGAUCUUGGCCAAGUCCUUGCAGCAGUUGACAACUCCAAACAAAUUCUCAAGGUGAAGAGAGAGUUCGGGUCAUUCAACAAAUACUUGUGGGGAUUCGUGAAAUACAAACCCAUCAUCACACAGUACACGUCGCGUCAAAAGAUCCCGGUGAAGACAUCGAAGUCGGAGAGUGUAAGCAAAGACAUGGUCCGUCGAGGGUUCAGAUUCGUCGGACCGGCCGUGAUACACUCGUUCAUGCAAGCCGCCGGCAUGACCAACGACCACUUGGUUACAUGUCCGAGACAUCUCCAGUGUACGGCACUCGCCGCCCAGCCACCGGUCGCAGCCGUGGCCCCAGCUCUCUAGAAACCAAGACGAGAACAACAACAUAUAUAUAUAUAUAUGUGUGUGUGUGUAUUGGUUGUUUUGUUAUGUAAUGUGGUAAUAAUGUAGAACCGUAUACUAAAUUAGAGUUCCUAACUUUUAGGUAUCGGAUAUGUGUACAAAAGCUAUCUUCUUGUGAUUUGCAAUUUGUUUUUAUGUAUUUUUUUUAAUAAAUGUAUUUUUUUUUUUUGGAGUGAUGGGUUGUGACUUGUGAGGAA